AUGAGAAACAAGACGCUACCAGGUAUCCUACUGGCUAUUGUUGGAUGUACAUUAGCGCAAACUACUACGGAUCCUUGCGUAGAACAAGGAUUAACUAGUGGUUUCCUGCCUCAUCCAACGGAUUGCACAAAAUAUAUCAGCUGCUAUGGUGGAAAGGGAUACGAGCAGACGUGCCCUGACGGCAAACACUACGACGCGGCUCUGCAGGUGUGCGAUCUGGCAGAGAACGUGGGGUGUGUAGUGAAUAAUUGUCCAGCGGACGGUAUUGUGUUUUUGCCUAUUGAAGGCGUGUGUGAUCGAUACAUAAUUUGUAUAGGUGGUACAGCUUUCGAAAGUACUUGCGACGAAGGUCUGUACUUUGAUGAACGUAUUGGAGAGUGUAAUCUGAAGGAAGACAGCGGAUGCGUCGUAAACCCGUGUACAAGGCCUCCACCGAACCCACCAAUACUGGAAAUCUACCCAAAUGAUAGCAACUGCAAACAGUACCUUAUUUGUCUAGACGGUGAACCAAACAUCAAAGAUUGUGCACCAAACUUAGUGUUCGAUCCUAACGAGUUACAAUGCCCGCCAGCACCGGGCGUAACUACUGCUGAUCCGAAUGCGACAAGUACAACCGCGGAUCCCAAUGCACCUACAACAACUGUUGAUCCUUUGGAUACAUCCCCGUCGCAGGAUACUACUACCGAUUCGAUUACCACGCUACUGCCUUAA